CCGCACGGACCGAACGCCGAUCAAGCCCCCCGACAGGCCGCCACCGCGCCGGCAGAUCUCCGCGAGCGACCGUAGUCAACACAGCAACGCGCCGGCGCCGCCGUCGCUGCACAAGGCACCGCCAUGCUCGUACCGUCCGACAUGAUGGGCGCCCAGUCCAAGCUCCUCUACCAGCUCAACAAGUUCUACGGCGAGCGCGUGCAGUCUCGGAAGGCCGGCGUCGCCAAGACUCUCCGCGAGGUGUGCCGCGUCGUCCAGGACGUCCUCAAGGAGGUGGAGGUCCAGGAGCCGCGCUUCAUCUCGUCCCUGAACGACUGCAACGGCCACUACGAGGGCAUGGAGGUCAUCUCGCCCACGGAGUUCGAGGCGGUGCUCUACCUCAACCAGAUGGGGGUGUUCAACUUCGUCGACGACGGCACGUUGCCCGGCUGCGCGGUGCUCAAGCUCAGCGACGGCCGCAAGCGCUCCAUGUCCCUCUGGGUGGAGUUCAUCACGGCCUCGGGCUACCUGUCCGCCCGCAAGAUACGCUCGCGCUUCCAGACGCUCGUGGCGCAAGCGUGCGACAAGUGCAGCUACCGGGACAGCGUCAAGAUGCUCGCGGACACCACCGAAGUCAGACUGCGCAUCCGCGAGCGCUACGUGGUCCAGAUAACUCCGGCUUUCCGCUGCGCCGGCCUCUGGCCCCGGUCCGCGGCCCACUGGCCCGUGGCGCACAUCCCGUGGCCAAACCCGAACCUCGUGGCAGAGGUCAAAGCAGAAGGUUUCGACCUCUUGUCCAAGGAGUGCGCGACGCUGCAGGGAAAGCAGUCGUCCAUGGAGGGCGACGCCUGGGUCCUCUGCUUCCUGGACGCCGAGAACAGACUGCUGUCCGGAGGCUGCCGGCGCCGAUGCCUCAGCGUGCUCAAGACCCUUCGGGACAGGCACCUGGACCUUCCCGGCAACCCGGUGUCCGCGUACCACCUCAAGACCCUGCUCUUGUACGAGUGCGAGAAGCAUCCCAGGGAGCUAGAGUGGGACGACGCGUGUCUCGGAGACAGGCUCAACGGUAUCCUGCUCCAGCUCAUCUCCUGCCUCCAGUGUCGCCGCUGUCCGCACUACUUCCUGCCGCACCUAGACCUCUUCAAGGGGAAGUCCGCCGGAGCGCUCGAGAACGCCGCCAAACAAACGUGGAGGCUUACACGAGAGCUCCUCACAAACCCCAGGUCCCUCGAGAAACUUUGAGGCUUUCUAAGCCCGCCUUCUGUGUGUUUGAGCCGGAAAACUGCAAUCGUGGACCGUGACGGUGCGUCAUCCGGAGAGCAAGACCAUCCCAACCAAGUGUCUCACCCGGAUAUAAACGCUGCUGCCCUCUCCACUAAAGGCCUCAAUAUGGACCCACAAGAUGGAUCACGUCCAGACGCCUAGAGGGAAUGUCCACAUCCCCAACGUCAGACCAACCUCUUAUGGAGAAAACAAUCCGGGGUCAUCAACGUGUCCUCGAGCUCCCUCAGACACCCCGACAGAUGACACAACAGUUUCGAAAUGCUGCGGAUGCGCAAGCUACACCCCGACGCGUCUUUAGCAAGAUCUUAUUAAAAGAACUGUACGCCACAAACCGCGGAUGACUGCAUCACGAUGGAGUUGGCCAGCUGGGAAGCUCAACAACAUUCAAGACACCCCCGGAACCUUGAACUCGGCACAAGCAUUUGGAUUUGACGCGACGGUGACAGUUGGUUGUUGUGAGUGCGUGCGUGUGUGCGUGUAUGUGUGUUGUUCCCGUUUAUUCCCUUGAGACGCGCCCACCUCACUUGACAUGGUGUGCCCGCCACGCAUCGUCGAUCGGAUGGACUUCGCCUCAAGUGCGGCCCCUUUAGGUAUUUAUUGAAAGAACAAUCGCGGGCUGGUGCCAAGUCUCCUAGUCUCCGUACCAGGGCUUGAGGAAGUAGCCUCACGGACUCGCUCUAGAACCGCUCCCUUAAACUUAUAAAUAACAACAAAAAAACUUGCUUCGUCCCCUUGGUCCCUGUGCUAGUACGCUAAAGUCAUUCCCCCUCAUCGGACCAUCGAGUCUCUCUCGAAUCUUGAGACUGAAAAAUACAGAACAGAGAGCGAGAAAGUCAUCUUCACCUUCCCAACUAUAGUCUCUGAAGGGAUCAGAACGGCAGGGCGUGUGUUUCGGGUGCACGGCCUCCAGCAAGCCCUCUCCGCCUUCUGGCGUGCACUCCCGAAGCUCGCGAGGCGCCCGAGUGUUAUCGAGGGCAAGGAAGCUCACGCUGGAGGCGGGACCUGCCGUUCUAAUCCUGUCAAUGACUGUAGUGCUAGCUCAGCCCCCACGUGCUUCUUCCUCUGUAAGCGUGCUCCUGUUCUCGGAAUAGUUUUAGGAACCUGUCGUUUAGAAAGACGCCGUGAAACCGCCACUGUUCGUUUGGAGAAAUUCAUAAAAAAGUUAUCAGCCCUCCA